GUCACCAUAGCUUACUGGGGUUCUGCGCCGCGAGACGAGAGUGCAACCCGCCAUGCCUUCUCGAUCCUCGACGAGACCGAAGACGCCCUCACCCUCAGCCUGCGGCGAUUCUGCCAACGGCCCGAAGCCCUGCAGCUACAGAUCUAUUGCACCAUCCUCGGAGUGGGAUCGUGACCCGUAUGGGUCUCCAAGAGAAGAAGAAGACGCUGCCGCGGCCGGUCCGCCCGACCCAGAUCCCGAGCUGGACAAGCCGGCAUACACCCACAAACACCGCUUCCGCAUCGUGCCAAUCCGCGAGGUGAUCAACCCCCUGCUGAAGGCCAUGGCCCACACCAUCAGACGGCUGCCCCGGCUGUCAGAUUUCAGUGGAUCGACUCGAACGACUGGCCUACGCACAGUGUCGAGUACAUCUCCAACUGGCGUGACGGGGGUGGAAACUUAAACUUUGAUGGAUGGGGCAUAUAUGAGGACGGGAUGACUUCAUUGACACCUGCGAACCACUUGUGAAUGAAGACAUUCUUGAGUAUUUCAUCGAGUUGCCGUCUGCCAGGAAGUUGCGAAAGGAUCCAGUGUCCUAGAAAAAGGGUGCGUUCCCUGGGCGUCUCAAACAACAAAUAUGAUUUAUAAUGAAGCUCUUGGGCACUUCG